GUCACUCGGAGCGGCGGGUCCCGGCUCGGCAGGUCUUCUCUUUUGGUUGAAAUGUCUAUGAUUUUGUCUGCUUCCGUCAUUCGUGUUAGAGAUGGACUGCCACUUUCUGCCUCUACUGACUAUGAUCAAGGCACCGGCAUGCAGGAGUGCAGAAAGUAUUUUAAAAUGCUCUCAAGGAAACUCGCUCAACUUCCUGAUAGAUGUACACUAAAAUCUGGACAGUAUAACAUUAAUUUUAUUAGCUCUUUGGGAGUGAGCUACAUGAUGUUGUGCACUGAAAAUUACCCAAAUGUUCUGGCCUUCUCUUUCCUGGAUGAGCUUCAGAAGGAGUUCAUUACUACUUAUAACAUGAUGAAGACAAAUACUGCUGUCAGACCAUACUGUUUCAUUGAAUUUGAUAACUUCAUUCAGAGGACCAAGCAACGAUAUAAUAAUCCCAGAUCUCUCUCAACAAAGAUAAAUUUGUCUGACAUGCAGACAGAAAUCAAGCUGAGGCCCCCUUAUCAAAUUUCUAAGUGUGAACUGGGUCCAGCCAAUGGAGUCACACCUGCAUUUUCUGUUGACUAUAAAGGUGCUGGCAAGAUUUCUUCUGCUCACCAGCGAUUGGAACCGGCCUCUCUAUCAGGAAUUGUGGCAUUUAUCCUUAGUCUUUUAUGUGGCACUCUGAAUUUAAUUCGAGGCUUUCAUGCCAUAGAAAGUCUCCUACAGAGUGAUGGUGAGGAUUUUAAUUACAUUGUUGCAUUCUUCCUCGGAACAGCAGCCUGCCUUUAUCAGUGUUAUUUACUUGUCUACUACACCAGCUGGCGGAAUGUCAAAUCUUUUUUGACCCUUGGCUUAAUCUGUCUAUGCAACAUGUAUCUCUAUGAACUGCGCAACCUUUGGCAGCUUUUCUUUCACGUGACAGUGGGAGUAUUUGUCACACUACAGAUUUGGCUAAGGCAAGCCCAGGGCAAGGCACCUGAUUAUGAUGUCUGACACCAUCCCAAUGACACAAGCCUUGGCUUCAGCGGAAAAGGAAGGAAUAUGUUUUAACUGCCACUGUAAUGAAUGAACUGCUCACCACAAAUGGAAACCCUUUCGUUCUCUUCAAAUGUCCUUUUUAAAUCAGCAUGGAAUACCUGACUGAGAGCAUGCAGAAUCUACUAGCAUCUUUCUCUAAGAAGACGAUUAAAUGUGAGGUGAUUGUUGGAGGAGGAGGAGGAGGAGGAGGAGAAGACCUCUGUGUGGGGCCAUACCAGUGCAGAUGAGUCACAGGUUACUAGGAGGACUUGCCAACAGUUUGUUAUUUUUGUGAAGUGCUCAUAUGAUACUUCCUCUGAGGACCAGGCAGGACCUCUGCGACCUGGGCUCGUCCUUGUGAAUGUAGAACAAGUUAACAAGGAGACUGCAUUCCAUCAGGCAGUUCCGAUUAGAAACAAAUGAGUGCUCACAAUUGGAUUAUUUGCACACUUAGAGUACCAUGAAUUUAUACAGUCCAAACUGGUAUGAAAUUGGUUCAUUUUCCUAAUGUAUUUUGGCUUGAGAUCUAACUCUGGAAAUCACCUGAUAGAGGAGAAGACUGUGGUAAGCUCAUUUGUGGACCAUCGCAAGUAUUGAAAAUACAGUGACAUAACCUUCCUUUCUA